AUCUCGGCCAAAAUGCUCUCCCUCGUGUCGCAGUCGCUCUCGCUCAACGCGCCGCUCCGCCCGACGCCGGUGCAGCGCGCGGUGUCGCCGCAGAUGGCGGACAUCUCGGCCUUCGGCGACAUCUGGGGCAUCGAGGCCAAGGAGGCCGUCUUCAACGCGUGGGACCCGGAGAAGCCGCGGGACUACUCCAACUUCAACCCGUUCGAGCGCAACCUUGAUGGUGCCAUGUCGGACAUGAACGGCUGCUUCCCGGGCGAGUCGCGCGGCUACAAGCCGCCCAACCGCCCCGACGCCAGCUGGGCCAUCAUGCAGGAGGAGGCCAAGAAGAUGGAGGUGAUCAAGAAGGACCCGAAGUACGGCCUCUCCGGCAAGCCGGGCUGCUACUCGCUCAAGUGGCAGGAGAACCUGGGCGCCCCGCCCUAG